ACCCGGAAGCGCUGCGCGGGGCGGGGCUGCGGCGGAUGAUGGCGGCGGAGGAGCCUCAGCAGAAGCCGGAGCCGCUCGGCGGCGACGCGGACGGUGUGAACUGCCUGGCCUAUGAUGAGGCCAUCAUGGCACAGCAGGACCGGAUCCAGCAAGAGAUCGCAGUGCAGAACCCACUGGUGUCAGAGCGGCUGGAGCUGGCAGUGCUGUACAAGGAGUAUGCCGAGGACGAUCACAUCUACCAGCAGAAGAUUAAGGACCUGCUCCAGAAGUAUUCCUACAUCCGGAAGACGCGGCCGGACGGGAACUGCUUCUACCGAGCCUUCGGCUUCGCUCACCUGGAGGCUCUGCUGGAGGACGGCCAGGAGCUGCAGCGGUUCAAGGAGGUCUCCGCCCGCAGCAAGGAGGAGCUGGUGGCGCAGGGGUUCACCGAGUUCACCAUCGAGGACUUCCACAACACGUUCAUGGAGCUGAUCGAGCGAGUGGAGCGCCGCGUGCCGCUGCCGGAGCUGCUGGCGGCCUUCAACGAGCCCAGCACCUCCGACUACCUGGUGGUCUACCUGCGCCUGCUGACCUCGGGCUGCCUCCAGCGCCACCGCCGCUUCUUCGAGCAGUUCCUGGAGGGCGGUCGCAGCAUCAAGGAGUUCUGCCAGCAGGAGGUGGAACCCAUGUGCAAGGAGAGCGACCACAUUCACAUCAUUGCCCUCGCACGAGCCUUGCACGUCUCCAUCCUGGUGGAAUACAUGGACCGGGGGGAGGGCGGUGCCACCAACCCCCACGUCUUCCCCGAGGGCUCCCAGCCCCGCGUCUGCCUCCUCUACCGCCCCGGCCACUACGACAUCCUCUACAAGUGAGCUCCUGCCUCGCACAAGGCCUCGCACGAGGCUGGCGACACCUCACACGGGCCUGGCGCAGCUUCCUGAGGUCGCGCCGGGGCUUUGCACGGGGCCUCGUGCGUCCUCGUGCAGCCUCGUGUGACCUUGCGCAGCCUCGUGCAACCCUUGCACAGGCCCCAGACGGACCCUGCGGGCCCUCGUGCAACCUUCGCACGAGCACUUGUGCGGCCUUGUACGUGCCCCUGCCC